AAAAAAAAAAGGGGGGGGGGGGGAGUACCCAGUGAUUGCACCAAGUUUUAGCACAGCGUCUGUCUCUUUGGGACAAGUUAGGGAAUUCUAGGGCCGGCUGAAGCACUAGUAAGUGCUGGCUUGCUGUGAAAGCCGGGUCCGGGGAGCCAGCAGGCUAUUGUCAUGGUAAAUUUCACUCGGCGUGGAAGAAAGGUUGGUCAUCAAUCAAAAAACGGAGUAUGCCUUGGCAUUUUUGCAAUUUUCUCACUAGAUCGCAAGAUGCUUUUCCUUUUCCCCGAAAGAUACACUGAAACAUUUUUUAUGUGUGUGUUUGUGAAAUCAAAGCCGUCUUCAAAGUGACCGCGAAGGGAGCUUUUACAAACGGAGCCGGGAGACACAGACCGCUGGGGGCUGCGGUGAGAACCCGGAAUUCCCGCAGGAGGAUAUACACUCGGGAAAGCGCAAGUGAGAAGUCCUGCCGGGUCAGCGUCUCCGAGUCCAGCUGGGGAGAACAUGUUCCAUCUGGAAGAAUCCGUGUCUCCAGACCUCUCUGCUGGCCUGCGUGCGGCGUGGAGCGCGGGCUAACUUGCGCCUGCCUGGGUCUGCGUCAGACACUUUUUCACUUGCGGGAAUCAUGUUUUUGGCGAGAUGAGGACCACCGCGAACUGCGAGGAGCCCAGGGCCGCGCUGGGCCCGGCCCCGGCCCCCCAGGGAAGGUACAUCUACCUGGAAGCCUUCCUGGAGGGAGGGGCUCCCUGGGGGUUCACUCUGAAAGGUGGCCUGGAGCACGGAGAACCACUGAUCAUCUCUAAGAUCGAAGAGGGGGGCAAAGCCGACUCACUCAGCUCCAGACUGCGGGCCGGGGACGAAGUCGUGCACAUCAAUGAGGUGGCGCUGAGCAGCUCCAGAAGGGAGGCCGUGUCCCUGGUGAAAGGAUCCUUCAAGACUCUGAGGCUGGUGGUGCGCAGAGAUGCGUGUGCAGACCCAGGCCAUGCGGACACUGGUGUGCCUAACUCCCUCAGCCCGGAGCCCCGCGCCUCUGAGCCCCAGCACAAGAAAGCAGCGUGGUCAGGAGGGGUUAAACUUCGGCUGAAGCACAGGCGUGGUGAACCUGCAGGCCGCCCCCACUCGUGGCAUACGACCAGAUCUGGGGAGACCCAAGCUGAUGCCAGCAUGAUGCAGGUAUCUCAGGGCACGAUUGGUCCUCCUUGGCACCAAAGCUACCAUUCCAGCUCCUCUACAAGUGACCUCUCCAGCUAUGACCAUGCUUAUCUGAGGCGGAGCCCUGACCAGUGCAGCUCCCAGGGCAGCAUGGAGAGCCUGGAGCCCAGUGGCGGGUACCCAGCCUGCCAUCUUCUUUCCCCUGCCAAGUCCACCAGCAGCAUUGACCAGCUCAGCCACCUGCAUAACAAGAGAGACUCGGCUUACAGCUCCUUCUCCACCAGCUCCAGCAUCCUGGAGUACCCACCCCCUGGCAUCUCUGGCCGGGAGCGUUCGGGCUCCAUGGACGCGGCAUCUGCACGAGGUGGCCUCCUGGAAGGGAUGAGGCAGGCAGACAUUCGCUACGUCAAGACAGUCUAUGAUACCCGGCGGGGAGUCUCGGCAGAGUACGAGGUGAACUCUUCAGCCCUGCUGCAUCCAGCCCGGGAGACCCGAGCACCAGCAGAUGGCCAGGGCUAUGAGAAAUGGCACAGUGCUCCCCGGGGCAAGGGAGUGCCACCCCCUUCCUGGAGCCAGCCGUGCCCCGGCUCCUUGGAGACUGCCACUGACAACCUGCCCCUGAAAGCGGGCGCACCGCUGCCACCAGCUCGGAGUGACAGCUACGCGGCCUUUCGGCAGCGGGAGCGCCCCAGCUCCUGGUCUAGCCUAGAGCAGAAACGGUUCUGCCGGCCUCAAACAAACUCGGGCUCCCUGAAAUCUACAUUCGGAGAGGAACAGCUGCACACGGUGCUAGAGAAGAGUCCAGAGAACAGCCCUCCCGCGGUGCCCAAGCACCACUACACCCAGAAGGCCCAGCCUGGCCAGCCGCUGCUGCCCACCGGCAUCUAUCCCGUGCCUUCCCUGGAGCCACACUUCGCCCAGGUGCCUCAGCCUCCUGUGAGCAGUAACGGCAUACUCUACCCUGUGCUGGCCAAGGAGACAGCGCACACAGCCCCUCGGGGGGCAGGCAGCAAGGCGGCCUCCUUUGACGAGAAUGGGAACCAAAAUGGGGCUAGCAGGCCUGGGUUUGCCUUCUACCAGCCUCUCGAACAUGAUCCACUGUCCCCCAUGGAGAGGAAACCAGAAACUGCAGCCAAAUGCGUUCCCUACAAGGUCCAUUUCUCGUCAGUGCCUGAAAAUGACGAGGACAUCUCCCAGAAGAGAGCUCUGGCCCCUCCCCAAGGCAACAGCGCCUAUCCCGGUGAGAGAAAGGUCACCCACGGCCACCAGCCAUGUUCUAAUCACUACAGCCUCCCAUCCCCUCUGGCUGCAGUCCGGCCUGUGGGAGAGGACAAGCCAUCUUCCAGGCCCUCAGAACCCUGGGAGGCUGACUUCCAGGAAGACCACAAUGCCAACUUCCGGCGCAGGCUGGACAGAGAAGGCCUAGGCCAGGGCCUGUCCACCAGCUUUGGCAAGACCCUGUCAGCCUUCUCCUCUCUCCAGAACAUUCCUGACAGUCUAAGAAGGCAAAGCAGCCUGGAUCUAGGAGGGGGAGCGGAGGAAGGCGCCGGGGGCAGGCUCACCUGUGCAGCCAACGCCAAGGUGGAAGACCCUGGAAGGAGGGCCCUUCCGGAGCACAGGGGCUCCCUGGACAGGUCGGUGUCCUAUCCGAGGCCAGAGGGGAGAACCAGUGCCUCGGCGUGCUUCCACAGUUCAGACCCGAGAUCCGGAGAGCCGCCCAGCCCAACACACCAGCAGACACCCAGUCUGGGCCGGAGGAGGCUCAGCUCCGGCAGCGCCUCGGCCCUGCAGGGCCUUCAGUACGGCAAGCCCCACAGCUCGGUGCUGGAGAAGGUGUCCCAGAUCGAGCAGCGAGAGCUGGGGAGCCAGAGAGCCCCAAGUGUGGGCAGCUACGGCCAUCACCACAGGCCCAACAGGACCGUCCCAAGUUCCAGUCCUUCCGCGAAUGGCCUGGAGGAGACAAAAGCCGACGUCCGGUUCUCCGAGUCUGCUGAGGCCCUGGGUAACGGGGAGCUACAUUUUGGAAACGGGGAGCCCCGGCUGGAAGAGGGUUCGUGGCCACCAGGCAGCCAGCAGCUGAGGAGGGGCAGCGUGGGGGGCCGAGGCCCUGCACCCUGGGCCCGGGAGCCCCCGAGGCCCGACGCCCGCCUGCUCCGCAGCCAGAGCACCUAUCAGCUCUAUAGCGAGGCCGAGGAGGAAGAGGAGGCCUCCUGGCGGGAGGCUCGGCCCAGCACGCCCGAGUCGCCCCCACUGGACGCCCCCUUCAGCCGCGCCUACCGCAACAGCAUCAAGGACGCGCAGUCCCGCGUCCUGGGGGCCACCUCCUUCCGGCGCCGCGACCUCGAGCUGGGCGCGCCCGGGGCGUCCAGGCCCUGGCGGCCGCGGCCCGCCUCGGCCCACGUCGGGCUGCGCAGCCCCGAGGCGCCCGCCAGCGCCAACGCCAACGCCAACGCCAACGCCAACGCGGCCGCGUCGCCGCACACGCCGCGGGAGCGCCACAGCGUGAGCCCGGCUGAGGGCGACGCGGGCCGGCCCGCACCCCAGGCCUCCCGGCGAGGAGCGCGCCGGCGCCUGACCCCCGAGCAGAAGAAGCGCUCCUACUCGGAGCCCGAGAAGAUGAACGAGGUGGGCGUCUCGGAGGAGGCCGAGCCGGCGCCCGCGGGCCCGCCCAGGAAGGGGCUGCAUCUCCCCGAGAGCACCGUGGCCGACCGGCGCCGCGUCUUCGAGCGCGACGGCAGGGCCGCCUCGACGCUCAGCCUGUCGGGGCCCGAGCUGAAGCAGUUCCAGCAGAGCGCCUUGGCCGACUACAUCCAGCGCAAGACGGGCCGGAGGCCCUCGGCGGCCGGCGGCCCGCAGGAGCCCGCGCCGCUGCGGGAGCGCGCCCAGAGCACCUACCUCGCGCCGGGCCCCGCGGCGCUCGACAGCCCGGGGCUCGCCUCGGCCACCAGCCUGAGCUCGCUGCGGGAGCCGGCCCCGCAGCCCCGCAGGGAGGCCUCGGAGCUGCAGCCGCGGGGGCCCCGGGACCGCAGCGGCUCCUUCGCCGGCGGUCGCCUGCUCGGGGAACGACGACGCGCGGACCCCCAGGCCCCGAGAGAGCUGCUGAGUGGCGCUCGCGGCGGACCAAGGGGCAUCCAGUGGCUGGACGGGACCCCGGGGGGGCCGUCUUACACGGGCUCCACGGCCGGCAGGGCCGGGAAGUCGGCGUCAGCCGAGGAUCUGCUGGAGCGCUCGGACAUGCUGGCCGCCCCGGUGCACGUGAGGUCCCGCUCGUCGCCCACCGCAGACCAGAAGCGCCAGGAUGUGCUUCUGGGAGAAGACAGUGGCUUCGAUCCGGUGAAGGACCCCUGUUACCUGGCUGGCGCUGAGUCCAGGUCACUGAGCUUUUCAGAACGAGGCCGCGAAGAGAGGCCCGGGCUCACCCACCAGCCUACCCCGCGCUGGGGCGGCUCAGGCUGCAGAGCCAGCGUUGGGGCCUCGGGGCCCCGCGAGUGUCCCGAGGCCGGGGAUCAGCAAAGGCACAUUGGCAGGGGGCCGUGCCCGCGGCCGCUGCCCACAGCCGUGCAUGGACAGCCGCUGGACCCCAGGCCCGGCCCGCCCACCUCGCGCAGCUCCCCGCAGCCUUCACCUGUGCCCUCCGGUUACUGCGCCCAGGCCGCUGCCGACCAGCAGGCGGGAUGGCAGCCUCUCCCACCCCACGCCCGACGCCCAGAGCCUGGGGGCGAGGAGGGCCUGAGGAGGAGGGCGUCGCCGCCCCAGUGGCCCCCUGCUGCCCGGGCCCUCGAGGACAGCCUUCCCGGGGACCCGAAGCGCUGUGGGAACCAGCGGGGUCUGCCGAGCUCCUGCAGCGACGCGGGCUCGCCCACCGGGAGAGUCUCGCUGCGGAUCUCCGAGUCCGCCCUGCGGGCCUCCCCGCCGCCCCGGGACAACGGCGACGAUGACGACGUGUUUGUGAAGGACUUGCACGCCAGGGCCGCCUCUAGCCCCGCGUUUGACGAUCUCCCCCCGCCGCCUCCGCCUCCGCCGCCUCCACCGAGCCAGGAAACCCCACCGAACGGCGCCGACGACUUCCCCCCGCCGCCGCCCCCGCACGUGGCCGACGCGGCGCCCACGGACAGCCCCGGCAGCUCCAGCAAGCUGUCCAAGGUGACAGUGACAAGGGAGAGGCCUGUAGCUGGUGCAGCCCAUCUGGCGGAGAGUCAGAGACUGGACUCCAGACCCCACAUUUCGGCCCCAGGGGCAGGGCCCAGCGAGUCCACCCUGCCCUCCACUGCUGGGGGUCAGCCCUUACCCACUCUGCCCCUUGGCCAGCAGCCAAGUCCGGUGCAGCCUCCUCACACCUGGACUCAGAGCCUCAGCCACGAGGCAGCCAGCGGAACUCAGGGUUUAGAAGAGGAAGUCGGUGCCCAUGGCCAGAAGACCUCAGAAGACAUCAGAACAGAGGCUCUGGCCAAGGAGAUCGUCCACCGAGACAGGUCCCUGGCCGACAUUUUGGAUCCGGACUCCAGGAUGAAGACAACGAUGGACCUCAUGGCGGGGCUGUUUCCCCGCGAGGCUCACGUGCUGAAGGAGAGCGGCAUGAAGAGGAAGGCCGUGCCCAGGGCCGUCGGCGAAGGCAAGAGGAGUGAAGACCGGGAGGUGGCGGGCAUGUUGGCCACCUGCCCUGCUGCCUACUACAACGUGUCUGCACCCAAGGCUGAGCUGCUGAACAAAAUCAAAGAGAUGGCCGAGGAGGUGACUGAGGCCGAGGAGCAGGUGGAUGUCAAUGAGAAAAAGGCUGAGCUCAUUGGAAGCCUCACCCAAAAACUCGAGACCCUCCAGGAAGCCAAGGGGAGCCUGCUCAUGGACAUCAAGCUCAACAACGCCUUGGGGGAGGAGGUGGAGGCGUGGAUCAGCGAGCUCUGCAAGCCCAAUGAGUUUGACAAGUACAAGAUGUUCAUAGGGGACCUGGACAAGGUGGUGAACCUGCUGCUGUCGCUCUCGGGGCGCCUGGCCCGCGUUGAGAACGUCCUCAGCGGCCUCGGAGAGGACGCCAGCAACGAGGAAAGGAGCUCUCUGCACCAGAAGAGGAAGAUCCUGGCCAGCCAGCACGAGGACGCCCGCGAGCUCAAGGAGAACCUGGACCGCCGCGAGCGCGUGGUGCUGGACAUCCUGGCCAACUACCUGUCGGAGGAGCAGCUUCAGGACUACCAGCACUUCGUGAAGAUGAAGUCCACGCUCCUCAUCGAGCAGCGGAAGCUGGACGACAAGAUCAAGCUGGGCCAGGAGCAGGUCAAGUGCCUGCUGGAGAGCCUGCCCUCGGGCUUCACCCCCAAGGCUGGGGCCCCGGCCCUGCCCCCGGCCCUCGCCGGCGAGCCUCACCCCCUCUAGAACGCCAGCCACACCAUCACUUCCCUGAGCACUGUUCAUCUGAGAGGCUGUCGCAGCAGACGUUCAGACUGAAUGGGUGAUGGGGUUUCUCUGGGUGACGGGAAGUUUCCUCUGUGGCCCUUCACGCACACCCUUCCGAGAGCUUCGGUGCUGCUGGGAACGCGGCCUCUCGAUUGUCUGUGGGAGGAGGACGGCAACGACACCGGAGACCCCCAGGUGGCGGGGGUGUCAAUGGAUCCUCCAGUUUCUAACAAGCUGAGCGAUUGUGGGAGGAGGAACGGUAAUGACACCGGAGACCCCCAGGGUGGCGGGGGUGUCAAUGGAUCCUCCAGUUUCUAACAAGCUGAGCGAUUGUGGGAGGAGGAACGGUAAUGACACCAGAGACCCCCAGGGUGGCGGGGGUGUCAAUGGAUCCUCCAGUUUCUAACAAGCUGAGCGAUUGUGGGAGGAGGAACGGUAACGACACCGGAGACCCCCAGGGUGGCGGGGGUGUCUGUGGAUCCUCCAGUUUCUAACAAGCUGAGCGAUUGUGGGAGGAGGAACGGUAAUGACACCAGAGACCCCCAGGGUGGCGGGGGUGUCUAUGGAUCCUCCAGUUUCUAACAAGCUGAGGCCACGUAGACCAGCGUGUGUAGCCCUUGGGCAUGUCCCCACGGCGGCCUUCCUGGCCCGGGUUGGGGGAAGCAGUGUGUCCUGGCCACAGGUGCCAGUCCACGGAAGCAGGGUCUGCAACACAGAGCCUUAAAAAGACACACUCGCGAAGACGUGAGCCUUGCUGUUGUUAUUUAUAUUUUUCAAGAUGACAGAGAUCAUUGUGUUUGUGUGCUAACCACUCAUUUGAUUCAGCUUUGUGGUGGACCUAGAGUUCCGUCUCAGCUUUGUGUUUUGUGAAAACCUUAAUGAAGAAUUCCAAAGAUAGCCGCACACCCAGCGUGGAGCCUUGCCUCUUCGUUACACGCUCGGCCUCUCCGGCUUUGCUUUACAAACACCAGGGGACGGCCACGCCUGGCUACGUCCUGGGGGGGAGGAGUCCCAGCGUCUACUGCUGCCUGCUCUGCCCCAGCAGGGAGGCUCUGUGCCGCAGGUCAGCCCAGCGUUCCCGGCUGCUUCCUGGUGGUGGUGGGCAGGGCCGUGAAACCCCAAAUCCACAGUCAGGCUGUUUCCAUGACGCUUUCCCAACCCCAUUAGCUACAUUCUUGAUUAGAAAUUCUCUCAGCUCCUGAAGACUGAUUUUGCACAAUCCUGUGUAGGUGACUCCAAAGCUCUGGCUGUAAGCUUCGUAGAACAGACGGCAAGUGCGAGGCGGGCGGGGGCUGGCCUCCGCUGUCACCGCCAGUGGAGGUGGCGGUGGGCUUGCACUUGGAGCCCGUGGCACAUCCCAGGCUGCGCCUGGGUGGGCUGGUUGGUUUCUUCAUGUGUGUUUGAUCUGUGGCUAAUCCCUUUCUUACUCGGGUUUGCAGAUACCAGGCAGCCAGACAGAGUGAAACUUUCAGGGAAUCCGAGGACAAGCAUCCCCCAUGCCCUUGGUUUUACUCCGUCCAUUUUAGUGAAAUUUUACCUUCUGGUUGAGAAUCUCCAGACUGUAGUUCUGGUCCCUAGUACCUUGGUCCUCUGAUUGCCGUAGAAACGAGAGACCACCCAGAAGUUUCUUGUGAGCGGUCAGCCAGCGCUGCUGCUUUGUUCAUGGCUAAUGCGCAUCAUGACUCCAUGGAUACGAUUGAAGAAGGAACCCUGGUUCCCCAGGAGUGUCUUCAGAAGCUGCCGUCCCAUUCGGAGUGCCCAUCCCCGGAGAACCCGGGGGACCAGCAGCAGCACCCACAACCCCUGCACGGCCACAGAACAGCAGAGCAUCCAGCAGAUGUGUCCAGGGGCUGCGCUCCACCCCAGCUGGUGGUGUCCCGCUGCCCUCGAGUGGGUCCUGCCAGUCAGAGCAGGCUGACGCAGCCAGCCAGCAUCCGCAGGGGAACCCUGGGCCCCCAGAUCCCAAGCCUCUGUCCAGAGGACGCUGUGCACAUUGUCAAGGACUUUCGGAUCCAUAGCUGUAGAAGUCGUAACCCCACAGCAGAGAGACCCGCCCGGCAAACCCUCCUAGGGCUGUAGCCACUCUUGUUAGGUGGAAAUGUUGAGUGAGGUUCCAAGUGGGACUUUGAAAUCUAAUUCCUGGGUGGAUGCGAUACUCACCAACCCACUUGUCGACGUUCCGAAAAGCAGCCUGUGUGUUUAUCCCUUUUUCCUUUUGCAUUGUUACUGUUAGGAUCAUCUAUGGUAAACACUACGCUUCCUCCUCAGUGUCCUCCCCUGGACCCUGAGUGCAGCGGUUAGGAGCGUGCCGCCGGGCAGUCCCAGGAGACACGUGACCUCUCAGAAUUGCCCCUGUGACCAUGGUCAUUUGGGAGACCAUCUUGGAAUAUUCCCAGUGAGGGUCUCCCAGAGACCUGUGAAGCCACAGGAAAGGACAGUGCCUCCAUGUCCUGGGACACGGGAGAAGUCCCUGGGCAGGUUGCCGGCCGACCGCCCACUCGGCCUCCACUUCUCUAGGCACUGUCGAAACCAAGCCUGUUUUGCUUCACUCCAGGGGAACCCACGCUGCCGGUUGCAUUUUCCACACACCUGGUUUCCAGACUGGAGAAUGAGCGAGUCUUGGGUCAACCCGAGAAUCGGUGGCCGUCUCCGCAGGUGAGGGGUGAGGGUUUAACAGGUGCUGCGUGGAAGCACAAGAGAGGAGCAGCCGGGACCGCCUACUAGGUCCUUCCUGUUCCUGCUUUGUUCACAUCUGAUCAGAGUCAGGGGCUUUGAGCCCCACCUUCAAAGUUGUAUUUCAUUCAUUAAGAUCCCGGGCUCUUUUCUAGAGGCCUGGGAAACGUGGGCUUUUUUAUAUAUGGUCCCAGACUUGCCUGUCUUUGGUUUAGUUGUCCAUGAGAGUGCUCACUUUAUUCUGUCAGGUUGAAAUUAUUUUUUCUGUAUUAAGUUGGAAUUAUUUAAGGACAUGAGUUUUAUUUAUGUUACUACUGGAAGGAAGAAGGAACAUUGGUCAGAAAUAAUUUACUAAUCUCCAGUAAGGCAUAAAGUGGUCACAGGGGCCAUUCUACACAGUAGAAGAUUAUUUAGGAUAAAGUAUUUAUUGCUGCCUUAACCCUUUGGGAUAAAGCAUGGGAUAAAAUGAUAAAGGCCAUUUUAAAAUCAGAGAGGGGUACAUGGACAGUUUUCUUAUUUCUAAAUCAAACCUUCUAAUAAAAAUUGUUGAAAUUCA